CCGAUUUAAAAACUGCUUACCAAUUAGUCCAAGAAGAUUUAAUUAAUUCGCUCCUAGCCAUUAAAGAUAGCCAAAGUAUUAAAUUAGGUCGUUUAGAAACCAACCCAAAAAAUAAUAAUCAGUCAGCCGACACUAAGUCAACUGACAAUUGCGGUUUUGCUGACCAAAACAAUCCAACCCCAACCGAGCAAAAACAAAAAUCCAGUCUCCUGACCAUUAUCGGUCAAUUACUCCCGUUAGCUCCCUUUGCUUUUGAACAAUUUACCGGCCAAAAAGUACCCGCUAUGACUGGCACCAUGGCCGAAAUGCAAAGUGCUUUACUUCAGAUUCAAACUAAUUUGCAAGUAAUCGCGAAUAAUCAACAAACUCUCAGUCAACGACUAAUUGCUUUAGAAACCAACGCCAAUAAUCAUUUAACCAAUCUCACUCAACAAUUCCAAUCGCUCCGUUUAACCCAUACCAAAGAACGUAAAGAAAUUGAAUAUACCCCAACCAAAUUAGAAAAUACCGAAGAAAACUACUAA